AUGACAUCCCGUCCAGUUGACUAUCUCCUCGUUGGACUCGGCAAUCCCGGAAACGAGUACACCACCACUCGACACAACGCCGGAUUCUUGUUCAUCGAUUAUAUCGCCAAUGUGAUGGCCAUGGACCAAAAGUGGCCCACACCCCCAGUGUACCAGAGACGGAUGAACUUGUCAGCUGAUACCCAGGAUGUUGUGUUCUCGUACACAAAGGGCACAGUCUCGAACUCGCUCCGGAUAGUACUGAUGAAGCCGUUGACUUACAUGAACGAGUCAGGAGUGGCGGUCAAGAAGGUCAUGGACUUUUAUCAAUUGACGGAUCCUAAGAAGGUCAUCGUUGUAUCCGAUGAUAUCAACACUCUGCCUGGGUCUCUUGCCAUCCAAGACGGAGGAGACUUGAAGAGUUUGGCGGGACAGAAAGGACAGGAGAGCAUCGGUGCAGUGUUGGGCACAACAAAUUUUAUCCGUUUCCGCCUUGGUGUCGGAAAGCCCCUUUCAGGAAGCACCACCACCAUCCCUCAGUGGGUGCUCGGACCAUUCAGUCAAGAUAACAAAGAAAUGGACCUGUUUGCGUGGUUGAUGGGUCACACCACACAGGCGCUUCUGGAAUUCGUGCAGACAAACGACCUCAAAUUGUGCAGGAAAAAGUUCACAAAAUCCAAGAAGAUCCCCUCGGGAUUGGUACCGACCGAGUCCUUGGUCAGUCCUUAUCGCAUCGAAGGGAUGUAA